AAAAAAUCAUCUUCAUCAUCAGGGAAGUCCCCUUCCCAGGAAAAAAAAACAAAACAAAACAUGCCGUUGGACUUCUGCUUCUGAAGGAUUUGACGCCAAGAGAAGAAGGGAUUCUUGUUUAAAAUCUCAUUAAAGAUCAAGGGGAAGGGAAAUACCCCUCGCCCUCCGCCAUCCCCUCCUUUCCCUCCCAGCAUACCAGUUCCCUCCCCCCUCUAAUUCCUGGCCUGAACUCCACAUUCACACACCACCUUCCCUCUCCCCUUUUUCUCCCUCUUCUUCCACUUCCAGAGGCAGCUGGGCCACAAACAAAUCCCCUUGAUGGUGUAGAACAUUAGGGAAAGCAUUCUUGAAACGCUGGGGUUGUUGGAGUGGUUGGAUUUUCCCUGGAAUUGAGUGAGAAAUUCAGAAGACUGAAGCCCAGGCUCACUGUCUACCUUUCACGGAGGCCCAGCCGUGAGAGGACAGAAGAAGGCACGUGGCGAAUCAUGACGGCUGACAAAGAAAAGGAUAAAGACAAAGAGAAGGACCGGGACCGGGAUCGGGACCGGGAAAGAGACAAAAGAGACAAGACCCGGGAGAGCGAGAACUCGCGGCCUCGCCGGAGCUGCACCUUGGAGGGAGGCGCCAAGAACUACGCGGAGAGCGACCACAGCGAAGAUGAGGACAACGACAACAACAGCGCUACCACAGAGGAGUCCACCAAGAAGAAUAAGAAGAAGCCGCCCAAGAAAAAAUCUCGCUACGAGAGGACGGACACUGGCGAGAUAACGUCCUUCAUCACCGAAGACGAUGUGGUCUACAGGCCAGGAGACUGUGUGUAUAUCGAGAGUCGGAGACCAAACACCCCGUAUUUCAUCUGUAGCAUUCAAGACUUCAAACUGGUCCACAACUCCCAGACCUGUUGCAGAUCUCCAACUCCUGCUCUGUGUGACCCCCCAGCAUGCUCUCUGCCGGUGGCAUCACAGCCACCACAGCACCUUACUGAAGCCGGGAGAGGGCCUGUAGGGAGCAAACGGGACCAUCUACUCAUGAACGUAAAGUGGUACUACCGUCAGUCUGAAGUUCCUGAUUCCGUCUAUCAGCAUUUAGUUCAAGAUCGACACAAUGAGAACGAUUCUGGACGAGAACUUGUCAUUACGGACCCAGUGAUCAAGAAUCGAGAGCUCUUCAUUUCUGAUUACGUUGACACUUACCAUGCUGCUGCCCUUAGGGGGAAGUGUAACAUAUCCCAUUUUUCUGACAUAUUUGCUGCUAGAGAGUUCAAAGCCCGAGGGGAUUCGUUUUUCUAUAUAUUGGGCUACAAUCCAGAAACCCGGAGGCUGAACAGCACUCAAGGAGAAAUCCGGGUGGGACCCAGUCAUCAGGCAAAGCUUCCCGAUUUGCAGCCAUUCCCUUCCCCAGAUGGUGACACUGUGACACAACAUGAAGAACUGGUUUGGAUGCCCGGUGUUAAUGACUGUGACCUGCUCAUGUACUUGCGGGCAGCAAGGAGUAUGGCAGCUUUUGCCGGGAUGUGUGAUGGAGGUUCCACAGAGGAUGGCUGUGUCGCAGCCUCUCGGGAUGACACCACACUCAACGCCCUCAACACACUACACGAAAGCAACUAUGACGCUGGAAAAGCCCUUCAGCGCCUGGUGAAGAAGCCGGUGCCCAAGCUGAUUGAGAAGUGUUGGACUGAAGAUGAAGUGAAACGCUUCAUUAAAGGGCUCAGGCAAUACGGCAAGAACUUCUUCAGGAUUAGAAAGGAGCUGCUGCCCAACAAGGAGACGGGAGAGCUGAUCACCUUCUACUAUUACUGGAAGAAGACCCCGGAAGCUGCAAGCUCCCGAGCACACCGCAGGCACCGCAGGCAGGCUGUCUUUCGGAGGAUUAAAACCCGCACGGCCUCCACUCCAGUCAACACUCCAUCUAGGCCUCCUUCCAGUGAAUUUUUGGACCUGAGCUCAGCUAGCGAAGAUGACUUUGACAGCGAGGACAGUGAACAGGAACUGAAAGGCUAUGCCUGCCGUCACUGCUUCACCACUACCUCUAAAGACUGGCACCACGGCGGGCGUGAGAACAUCUUGCUGUGCACCGACUGCCGCAUCCACUUCAAAAAGUACGGCGAACUCCCCCCCAUAGAGAAGCCGGUGGACCCCCCACCCUUCAUGUUCAAACCUGUCAAAGAGGAAGAUGACGGGCUCAGCGGGAAGCAUAGCAUGAGGACCCGGCGGAGUCGAGGCUCGCAGAUGUCUACACUACGAAGUGGUCGGAAGAAGCAGCCAGCCAGCCCCGAUGGUAGAGCCUCCCCCAUCAACGAAGACAUCCGAUCCAGCGGUCGUAACUCCCCCAGUGCCGCCAGCACCUCCAGUAAUGACAGCAAAGCCGAUUCGGUGAAGAAAUCCUCCAAGAAAAUAAAGGAGGAGGCUUCUUCACCCCUGAAGAGCACCAAGCGGCAGCGAGAGAAGGCAGCGUCUGACACCGAGGAGCCCGAAAGAACCAAUGCCAAGAAAUCAAAAACCCAGGAGAUCAGCAGGCCCAACUCCCCGUCAGAAGGUGAGGGCGAGGGGGAGGGGGAGAGCUCGGACAGCCGAAGUGUCAACGACGAAGGGAGCAGCGACCCCAAGGACAUCGACCAAGACAACCGGAGCACGUCCCCCAGCAUCCCCAGCCCCCAGGAUAAUGAGAGCGACUCGGAUUCCUCAGCCCAACAGCAAGUGCUGCCUGCCCAGCCCCCGGGGCAGCCGGCCCAGAAUGGCCCCACUCAGGCCCCGCCCUCCACCCCUCCCGGGGCAGCUCAGCUCCCGGCCCCGGGCCCCGGUGCGCAAGGCACCCCGGCCCCUCCGCAAGUCUCACCGGUCUCGACGGCGGCGCCUCAGCCGCCUGGUCAGCCCCAGCCUCCGGCGCCGCCCCCACCCCAUUCUCACAUCCAGCAGGCCCCGGCCCUGCACCCUCAGAGACUGCCCUCGCCACACCCGCCUCUGCAGCCCCUGACAGCGGGCCAGAGCCAGCCCCCGGCCCCAGUCUCGUCGCAGCCGCACCCGCAGGCCCCGCUCCACGGCCAGGCCCCGCCCCUGCCUCACAGCCUGCAGGCCCAGCCCCUCCUGCAGCACCCAGGAACCCCGCAGCCCUUCCCCCUCCCGCCUCAGGCCUCUCCGUCUCAGGUUCCGCUCCCGGCGUCCCAGGCCCCCGCCCAUCCGCACGCCCCGCUGCCGGGGCCGGGCGGCCAGCCGGCCCGAGAGCAGCCGCUGCCGCCCGCCCCCAUGGCGAUGCCGCACAUCAAGCCCCCUCCGACCACGCCCAUCCCCCAGAUGCCCACACCGCAGGCCCACAAGCACCCACCCCAUCUCUCGGGCCCGUCCCCCUUCGCCAUGAACUCCAACCUGCCCCCUCCGCCCGCUCUGAAGCCCCUGAGCUCACUGUCCACUCACCACCCGCCGUCGGCCCACCCGCCCCCCUUGCAGCUGAUGCCGCAGAGCCAGCCGCUGCAGUCCUCUCCGGCUCAGCCCCCGGUCCUCACCCAGAGUCAGAGCCUCCCGCCGGCGGCAGCCGCGGCAGCAGCGGCCGGCCAUCCCUCCUCCGGCCUCCACCAGCCGCCCCCGCAGCCGCCCUUCUCUCAACACCCGUUCGUGCCCGGGGGCCCACCUCCCAUCACGCCUCCCUCUGGGACCUCCAGCACUACGCCCCCCUCGGGGGCCGGCACCCCGGCACAGCCCACCUGUUCUGCCUCGGCGGUGGCCUCCAGUGGCAGUGGGCCUGUGGUGACACCUUGCGCCAUGCCACCCAUCCAGAUCAAGGAGGAGGCCCCCGACGAGGCUGAGGAGCCCGAGAGCCCUCCGCCUCCUCCGCGGAGCCCAUCCCCUGAACCCACCGUGGUGGAUACACCGAGCCACGCCAGCCAGUCUGCCCGGUUCUACAAGCACCUGGAACGGGGCUACAACUCUUGCGGGAGAACCGAUCUGUACUUCAUCCCCCUGGCGGGAUCCAAACUCGCCAAGAAGAGAGAGGAGGCUAGCGAGAAGGCCAAGCGGGAGGCCGAGCAGAAGGCGCGGGAAGAGCGGGAGCGGGAGAAGGAGAAAGAGAAAGAGCGGGAACGGGAGCGAGAGCGGGAGAGAGAGGCCGAACGAGCAGCGCAGAAGGCAUCCAGUUCCUCUCACGAAGGCCGCCUCGGUGACGCUCAGCUCAGCGGCCCGGCCCACAUGCGGCCCUCCUUUGAGCCGCCCCCGACCACCAUCGCCGCCGUCCCCCCCUACAUCGGGCCCGACACCCCCGCGCUCCGGACUCUGAGCGAGUACGCCCGCCCCCAUGUCAUGUCACCCACCAACCGCAACCACCCCUUCUUCGUGCCCCUGAACCCCACCGACCCCUUGCUGGCCUACCACAUGCCCGGCCUCUACAACGUGGACCCCACCAUCCGGGAGCGGGAGCUCCGUGAGCGGGAGAUUCGCGAGCGGGAACUCCGGGAGCGGGAGUUACGGGAGAGGAUGAAGCCAGGCUUCGAGGUGAAGCCCCCCGAGCUGGAUGCCCUGCACCCUGCCACGAACCCCAUGGAGCAUUUUGCCCGGCACGGCGCGCUCACCAUCCCCCCGACGGCCGGACCCCACCCUUUUGCUUCCUUCCACCCGGGGCUGAAUCCCCUGGAGCGGGAGAGACUGGCGCUGGCAGGCCCCCAGCUGCGGCCUGAAAUGAGCUACCCUGAUAGACUGGCGGCUGAGAGGAUCCACGCCGAGCGCAUGGCCUCGCUGACCAAUGACCCGCUGGCCCGGCUGCAGAUGUUCAACGUGACGCCACACCACCACCAACACUCGCACAUACACUCUCACCUCCACCUCCACCAGCAGGACCCCUUGCACCAAGGUUCGGCAGGACCAGUGCACCCGCUGGUGGAUCCCCUGGCGGCAGGCCCUCAUCUGGCCCGGUUCCCCUACCCUCCUGGCACCCUCCCCAACCCUCUGCUGGGACAGCCGCCCCAUGAGCACGAGAUGCUCCGGCACCCUGUUUUUGGCACCCCUUACCCCCGAGACCUGCCCGGGGCCAUCCCGCCGCCGAUGUCAGCCGCCCACCAGCUGCAGGCCAUGCACGCCCAGUCGGCGGAGCUGCAGAGACUGGCCAUGGAGCAGCAGUGGUUGCACGGGCAUCCUCACAUGCAUGGAGGACACCUACCGAGUCAGGAAGAUUAUUACAGUCGACUGAAGAAAGAAGGUGACAAACAGUUGUAAUAAGUUAUUUAUUUGUUAGCGCUGGCUGCAGAAUCCCCAGUCCUUUGGGAAGAAAUGGGACUUUUAACAUACAGUAGGAGCUGCAAAAGCAAAAAGAAUAUCUUCUAAAGAUUUCUUUAUAUAUUAAAAAAACAAACACCACCACUAGACACUUAUCCACAUAAUAGUGUUCGUUUGUAGAGAGGGUUCUUCACAACUGGUUUGGGCCUCCCUGCAUGACUGCCUCUUUCGACAUGUGGAGCAAUCUGAGAACCACUCUGUCACCAGGCGAGGGAGUUGAGUUGGGGGCGUUGUUUCCUUUCUCCAACUUCCUUUCUGUUUGGUGGGUGGGGAGCUAGAGUCUGAAACCCCCCCCCCCCCCCCACCCAACACCGUCACAGUCCUCGAGCCUGUGCAGAGACACUCAGCUCCACAGGUCCCAGCGAGAGCCUAGACAGAAUGUGAAUUUGGAAUCCAAGAGCUAUGAUAAAAAAAUCGACUUUUAUUUUAAUACAUUGUAGGGAGAUCUUCAUAAUUUUAAAGAGAGCUCAGUUCAGCGGCAUGGCUUUUUAAGUCUGUAAAUAAUUUUAAGACAAACAGGUGUUUUGUUUUUUUCUCCACAAACUAUUCUGAUAUAUUUUUUCCAGCCACGUCACUAAUCGUGAAUUCCUACCUGCUAUUGACAGAAUACAGAGUUGAUUUUUUAAUAAAAAAAUAUAAUUAUCCCUUUAAUUAAAGGGACUAGAUGGGUGUUCACUAAUAAAUGGACAAAAGCUUGGAAUUUGGUUUGGUAGCAGCAGUUAGCGUUCAAGGGAAUGCAGGGAUAACUUAGAUGAACUUUCUUUUUGUUUUGCUUCUUGUUUCUUCUAUCCCUUCCCUUCUCUCUCCCUUCCCCUCCCAUCCCUUUUCCUCUCCUCUCUCUAGCCCACUCCUCUCCCCUCUCCCCUCUCCUGGCCAACAGAGCAGGCCCUCGGCAUCCCCAGUAAUUCAGGGGCUGAAUUUCCAUGACCCCAUAAAUGCCCAGAGGCUGAUGGCCUUCCUCAUUGUCCAAAUUUGCAUCAGCCUUUAAAUUUCUCCACCUGACAAAACAAGAAAUCUGAUCCAAAACCCAAGCUUAGAAGGAGUCUGACUGUUUGCUCAAGAUAGAUAUCUUGGGUUCUAAGUUGCCUUUUAGGGCUUUUUAUGUUGUACAAUGAAAUGGACUCAUUUGAUGGGUUUAGAUUGGAAUUCCAUUUUUUCUUUGUGUCUCUUCCUCCACCCCCACCCCCACACACACAUUCUUCCAGCUAUUUAGGCAGUCCAGAGGUGGGGGUUGUGGGUCGCAUCACUUUGGACAUGGUGAGGUUUGAAGGCCAGUAGAAGCAUUUCAGCUCCAACCUAGAACAGCUGGACCUUGGAGAUGGUGCAGGUCAAACCGGUGUCCUGUAGAUGGAGCAGACUUUGUCCCAAGAUAACAUACAACCCUUCAGAAACCACAGAAGCAGUCCACAGGCUAUGGCAGCAGCAGGUCAGACCUCUAUGGGCUCCGGUGCUUGCUCCUGGAUCCAUCAGAAGCCCCUCUGCCUGCUGCCCUUUGAUUUUUCCCACCUGGGCACUGUUUACUAAAGCAGAAGGUUGGGGAAUUAAAUCCAGGAGGUGCCUGCACUUGCUGCUCAGGUUCAUUCAUUCUCUGUCACACUCCGUCUUUCGGUCUCACUCUCUCACCCUCACUGUCCACUUUCACUCUCGCUCAAACUCUUAAGGGCUGUAGACUGUUCUUUGUGGUGGUUGUGUCACAGAACUGUGUUGGGCCAUGGCAGACAAAGCUGUAGUUAACCAUUCAUGCUGUGGAAUACCUGGCCAGUGACCAGCCACAGAGUGGGGAAGAAGCAGUUGCCAACCCCUUGACCCAAGCCCCGUGGUGACCAGUGGGGGCAAUAGUUGCUGGGUCUUGGUUCCGUCUUGAGGUUGUGAAAGUGAAUCGGACCGUCCCGAUUCCUCCCGUCCUCCUGGCCACAGCCGCAGUGUUGGCAGGGAGGAGCUGGAGCUUAUUUCUGUUCAAACUGCUUUUACCUUUUUCCGCCUUAUUCCGUUUCUAUUUUAACCUCCACUCCUUGGGGAAGGUCACUCCAGAUGAGGCCUCCUCCUAGGGAGGCCCGUCAGCAUUCGGAAUGGAAAUUUAGGAGCUUCUGGGGGCAGGGUUGAUAUGACACCGUUGUUGGGCUGUUUGGCCGAUUCUCCUGAGUCGCAAAAGUGGCUUGUCACCCCCGGGAUUAGGGGAACCAAGGAACACUCCUCUCACCCACCUUGCUGCUACCUGCCAUUUCUCCCCCACCCCAACCCACUCUGUCAUUUCCUCUGGAGCAAAGGAAUCCUAUGGGCUGUUCAUUCUUUGACUGUCUUCGCUCCUUCCCUCCCUCCUUCCCUGCUUCGCCCAAACUUCUGAAGUAGAGUGUUUCACUAGCUGGACUUGAAUAAUGUCAUAAGCUGAGAAGUUUGGUCCUCCAGCGUUUGAACCAUUGUUCAGCGUUAUCCACCUUAUUUAUUUAUUUUCCUCCCCCUGGAUCUUUCUCCCAACUUGAGACCGAAGCUCCGUGCUUCUCCCUGAGCCCUGCGCCUGCCAGCUGAUUAGCUACAGUUUGAUUUGUGUCGGCCCCAGAGCCCUCCUAUGUGUGGUACCCUGUUAGAGCAACACAGACACUGUUUCCUUUGGCCUCCCCACCCCCACCUCCCCCUUUCGUUUGAAGUUUUUGUUUUGCUUUUUUGUGUUUUGAACGUAUCUUGUUCAAUGUCGUCAGGUCGAGCUUCUUGUUUUCACUGCAGCAUAAGCAGAGUGUACAUUCUGGUUUGCUACAUUUAUAUAUAUCUUGAAGCUUAAUGUAUAUAUGAGUAGUUUGCCAUGAGAUAACACAGUGUAAACAGAGUAGAAACCCAGAAAUCGUGACUUCUGUGUUCUCUCCAUUUGAGUAUUUUGUAAUUUUUUUGAAAUAUUUGUGGACAUAAAUAAAACCAAGCUACACUACA